GACAAAGGAAAAGAAAAGAAACGGAAGAAAAAAAGGGACAAAAGAAAAUAAAAGAAGCAAAGAUAAAAAAUGGGACGAAGGAAAAGAAAAGGAACGAAGAAAAAAAAAGAAACAAAGAAAAGGAAUGAAGAAGAAAAAAGGAAUGAAGAAAAAGAAAAGAAAUGACAGAAAAGAAAAUAAACAGAGAAAAAGAAAAGAAACAAAAGAGAAAAAAAGAAACAAAGAAAAAGAAAAGGAACAAAGAAAAGAAAAAGAAUGA